AUGGCGCAGCUAAGUCCCCUCACCAGCACCAACAGUCCUCCGCCAUCGGGGACUGGGUCUGGCAGCAACGGUACCACUUCGAGAGAUCGUAGUUCGGCGUCGCCGUCUUCGUCCUCUAGAAAGAAAAGGAGGGUUCACGACGCUGACUCCAGUGGCGAGGAUGAUAUGAGUCCGACGUCCCUAGCGAAACGGUUCAUGUCCGACGCCGCCCACUGCGCGGGCUCGUCCUCGCCCGCUACUACGCCGUCCACUGACGUCGCAUCUUCCUUCGAGCUCAUCGACGUCACAGAGGACCGGCGUGACCUGGUCACCGGCCACGCAGCCGCCGCAGCAGCAGCCGCGGCCGCCCUGGGCCCCAUCACGAGCCUGAGCUCCCCAAAUCCCACCGCGGGCUCCCUCGUGUCCGGAGGCCCCGGCUCCGGGAGCUCCUCGUUCGCCGGCCCUCCUCCCCCGCGCCUCACGCCCUCGUCGGCCGACUUCCAGCCACCGUACUUCCCUCCCCCGUACAACCUGCCGCCCACACAGCAGCAGCUGGACUUCCACCACGACCCGUACGCCACCCACCACCUGAACAGCCUCGCCGGAGCGGGUCCCCAGCAGUACCACCAGCUGCACACUCCCGGAGGCCACCAGCGUGGCUCGGUGCUGGGCAGAAGACCGGAGGAAGACCUGCUCCAGGCGGCCAACAUGCAUCUGCCUCCUUACGGUGCUGGAGACGGGCGUAGAACCGAGCCGACAGCGUAUCCCCGGAGGCCCGAUGUCCUGGUGCAUGGGCAUCACCAUCCGCACCAUCACCUGACCGAGCAAGACUUGCUGAGUCUGCACGGUGCGGCGGGGUUGCCGCCGGGGAUUGUGGAAGACGGCCAAGUGAGUCCGUGCUCUUCGGACGACGGCAACGAUUUCCUUGAGGCGGGCAGCGUGGACGAUACCAGCCUCUUUGGCAGUGAUCAAAACAGCGUCAUACGAAAAGGGAUGAAACCUCGCAACUCAUCGGAGAACCACAAGGAGAUGGUGAUCAGCGCGGUGACGUCACCGACGGACGUGUUCUGCUCGGUGCCCGGCCGUCUGUCGUUGCUCAGUUCCACGUCCAAGUACAAGGUCACCGUAGGCGAGGUCCAGAGGCGACUCUCACCCCCGGAGUGCCUCAACGCCUCGCUCCUAGGGGGCGUCCUCAGGAGGGCCAAGUCCAAGAAUGGUGGUCGCUCCCUGCGGGAGAAGUUGGAGAAAAUCGGUCUUAACCUACCGGCGGGAAGGCGCAAGGCGGCCAAUGUUACUCUCCUCACGUCUCUGGUCGAAGGUGAAGCAAUUCACCUUGCCCGGGACUUCGGCUACGUGUGCGAGACGGAGUUCCCUUCCAGACAAGUGGCGGAGUACUUAUGCAGAAAUCACGCCGACCCCUCCGACCUCUACCGACGAAAGGAGCUACUGCUGGCCACAAAGGGCAUGGUAAAAGAGUUCGUCGACCUACUGAACCAGGACCGCUCGCCGCUCUGCAACACGCGGCCGCAGACGAUCCUGGAACCCAACAUCCAGCGUCACCUGACGCAUUUCUCGCUCAUCACGCACGGCUUCGGAAGUCCCGCCAUCGUGGCCGCACUCACGGCGGUUCAGAACUUCCUCAACGAGUCACUCAAGUACUUGGAGAAGCAACUCAGCAACUACCCGAGUGCCCCUCACUUGGGCUCCGUCGACCCCAAGAAAGAGGACACGAAGAAGUAG